AUGACAGUCACCGAGGCCAAACCUGAUCCCAUCCCCGAGCUUCGUAGGGUCCUUUGCGAUGAUUCCAGCGACAAUCUCGCCCUCCGUUUCCGUGCUCUUUUCUCACUCAAGCACUUGGCUACCCAAGGAGACCUCCCUGCAAUUGACGCCAUUGCUGCUGCAUUCUCCAGCAAUUCAGCCCUACUUAAACACGAACUUGCCUACUGCCUUGGCCAGUCUAAAAAUCAUUAUGCCGCCCCUGCACUCCAAUCUGUUCUUUCCAACUUAACCGAAGAUCCUAUGGUGCGCCACGAAGCCGGUGAAGCCCUUGGCGCCCUCGGACAUACGGCCUCACUUGAUCUUCUUCGUAAACACCUCACAGACGCCGAAGAGGUUGUACGCGAAACUUGUGAGAUCGCCAUCGCAAGAAUUGAAUGGGAAGACAGCGAAGCCGCUAAAGCAGAGGAGCUGCAGAAAAGCGCAUUUGCUAGUGUGGACCCGGCGCCACCGUCCGCUGGCAAAGAGGCGAACGUUGAGAAGCUGAAGGGACAGCUGAUGGACAGGGAAAAGACCCUAUUUGAGAGAUAUAGGGCGAUGUUUCGGUUGAGGGAUAUUGCAACGAAUGAGGCGAUUGAUGCGCUGGCGAGUGGAUUUGCUGAUCCUAGUGCACUUUUCAGACAUGAGAUUGCAUUUGUUUUUGGUCAAUUGUCAGACCCUCAUAGUGUUCCGGCGCUGGUUAGAGUGGCCGGCGACAAGAACGAGGCCCCGAUGGUACGACACGAGGCCGUGGAGGCUCUCGGGAGCAUCGCAAGCGACGAUGUUGAGACUUUCUUAAACGAGUAUGCAAAGGAUGCAGAACAGGUCGUGAGAGAGUCCGCGUUGGUUGCGUUGGAUAUGGCCGAGUUUGAGAAGAGUGGAGGGUUUGAGUACGCGCUUAUCCCAGGGAAGGAAUAA